AUGAUUAAAAUUGUUUUAAGUGAAUUGAGUUAUUUUGUGACAGAUUAUGAUCCCACCAUUGAAGAUUCAUACACAAAGCAAUGUGUCAUAGACGACAUCCCAGCUAAAUUGGACAUCCUGGAUACUGCCGGUCAAGAAGAAUUCAGUGCAAUGAGAGAGCAAUACAUGAGAAGUGGUGAAGGAUUUUUGCUCGUGUACGCAGUGACGGAUAGGGCUAGUUUCGACGAGAUGUACAAAUUUCACAGACAAAUCUUACGUGUCAAAGACAGAGACGAAUUUCCAAUGCUGAUGGUCGGCAACAAAGCAGAUCUCGAGACGUCUCGCGUGGUGUCUGUAGAAGAAGCGCAAAAUCUGUCAAGACAAUUAAAAAUACCUUACAUCGAAUGUAGCGCUAAAUUGAGAAUGAAUGUUGACCAAUCCUUCCAUGAACUAGUUAGAAUUGUCAGAAGAUUUCAAUUAUCAGAAAGACAGAUACCAAUUAAAUCCAAUUAUAAGGAUAAAAAUAAGAAAAAAUGCUGCAUCUUGUAAACUAGUUAAUAACAAUACUUAUAUGAAUAAGCAUGGAUCAUAUUCAAUACGACCAUAUUUUUUGUAAGUAUUUUUGGAGACAAAAUAUUAACAUUUUUGAGUUGGAUCAAAAAGAACUCAAUAUUUCUCUGAAUAUUUUUUGAUUGAAGUUUUCAAACAACAUAAUUCAAUACAGAAUCUAAAAUUAAAUAAGAACGCACACACAUAAU